AGUAACGUUUCAUACUUUACAUAAUUGGACAAUGGGGGAGAGAGAGAGAGAAAAAAAAUAAUCUAAUCUCUGCGACUCGACGACGUCCGCCGUUCUUAUGAAUAUUUAUCAUUUUUUGAAAGUAUAUACUACUAUUAACUUAAGUGAAAGCUUCAUAAUUCUCUGUAAACAACUCCAAUGGGUGACCACGAAGACCUCGAUUAUAAUCCACUGUACAAAGCUCUUCAGACAAAGUACUGGGAGAAAUUCUCCAAAGCACAGGAGAAUUGCUACCUGAUAUGCAUCCCACAGGCAGCCUCUCUUGCAGGCGUGAUCAUCAAUCAAGCAUUUGUAGAUACCCAUGUACUGAAGCCAUCCCCAAUGUUGAAAGAUCAUUAUAUAAGCACAGACAAAACUGAGAGUAAAACAAUUAUUGUAGAUGAGGACUUUGUCCUAGUGACAGAAGGGUUUAAGAACAAAGGUCGGAUUAAGGUCUUGUCUGAAGAAUUGGGCUAUAACAAGGAUUAUAAGCCUUUCAAGAUAUUGAUUGUACAGAAACCACUCGAGGGGGCAGUUAAAGGAAGGAGAGGUUCAGCUGGGCUUUCAGAUGACUUUCUGAUACCUAGGAACUCAUAUGAUGAGAACUGUCGUCUGCUCUCCAUGUUUCCUGAGCAUCAGCAACAGUUGAAGCAGUUGGAUGAAUCGAUCAAACAGUUCAACUCAAAUUACCUUAUCGUCAAGGGCUACCUUAACCAUGCGGCUGAGAAGCUUCAAGAACUUACGCAGCAACAUACAGAGACAAUCUUAGCAAACAACAAAUACGUUAGGCUUCAAUCUGAUACAAGAUUAGGAGAUGUGUUGUCUAUAGCAGUAGAAAGCUAUGUGACGGGAGGGGUUCAUAGCAAGUUAUUUGCUGCCGUCUGUCUAGAAUGUCAAGAAAAAGACAAGAUAUUAGCCUCUAAAAUCCAGCAACUUCAACAUGUGUCUGCAGAGGAUCUUGGUAUAUCAGAACACUUCUGCUGCAGUUUACCAGCUGGGGUCGUUGAACUAGCUCGUCUUGAUGGGAUCAACAGUCCACGGGAGAAAUUAGUCUGUCUAAAAACUACCCUGGAUGUUAUCAAUGAAGAGGUAACGGCACAUCUGAAUGAGAACUUGGCGCCAGGUGAGACACCACUGUGCCUCACAUCAGAUGAACUAAUUCCGCUCGUGGUGACUUUGGUUGCCAAGGGCAAGUGCAACCGUCUGGCCAGCAAUCUCUACUAUAUCGAACACUUCAAUUGGAUCAAGUCUAAGACAGAUGAUUUAGGGUUUAGUCUUGUAACUUUCAAUGCAGUGAAGGAGUACAUACUGACAACUGACUUCAGCAAAACAGCAUCACCAAAACCAAAGCUAAAGAAGGAGAUGAGUAUCAAGGAGUUAAUGAUUGCCCAGAAGACAUUGAAUGAGGUAGGUCCCUCCACAAGCCUUGGACCAUCAAUGCCAGCUAGAACCCUGGAGAAACAGUUGGAGAACAUCUCUAAGAUGAUGGAGAACACGAAAGUGACACCAAACUCCAGAGUUGCCAUGAGGUCGUUGUUUGAAGGCUCGGAUGUACCUGAUCCAGCCUUCAAAAGCAGUGGGCCUCCGCCUGAUAUCAUUCCCAUAUCAGACCAAAAGAAUCAAGGUAGUCAGGCCAAUAAUUUGGGUGAUUUCCUGUCAACACUUCAGAACGACGUCUUUGGGACGUCUUUUGGCAAACUAAACUAGGCAGCCAUCGCAGCGUUCCACUAGUGUGCAGGAUAUAUCAAAAUUCCACUAAAAAGCAUUCAUUUAUGAAAUAGAAUAUCAACACAAACUGAAGGUACACACCACACUGUAAAAGACUAAAUGCUGGAACAGCCAUGUAUCAAAUAUGAUGUGUGUAAUCAGGAAAGCAGUUCAGUAGCUGUAUUAGUCAGUGUAUACAAAAUGAGUGGGUAGCACUUUUUUGACUAACGAUAGAUUUUAUUUCACAAGCUUUCACCGCAGAUGGGGCUUCAUCGGGUGUGUGUAAUAUUUCCUACAACAUCCUUGCUGUUCAUUAUAAAUAUUUAUGCAAUAUCUUAAUUAUUUACAUUAUUUAACAUCAUUACCAAAAUAUUUCUCAAUAUAUGUUCAUUGUUUCCCCCCCCCCAAUUUAUUAUAGCCAGCGUUCGAUUUGCCCAGUAUGACAUCGCUAAAUGAGAUGCGUUUUAAACGCGAAACACUUCCACAAAUGCAUCACAAGAAAAUGUGACGCAAUUAUUUGCCUAGAAUUAGCUGCUCAGUCUUCAGUUAGGCCUGGCUGUAAAAACUAAGAGGCUUGGUGCACAAAAAAGUUCCGAAAAUUGUUUCGAAAAUCAAGUUAUCCAAUGUUUUGGGCCAAAAAUAGCACAGUAUACAUAUGUUUACAUCAAGUGCACACAUACUAUGCUAUAUGUACAUUGUUGUACAUGCAGCUGGUUUGAGUACGAGUCAGGCUUCUUUCCUGUGUUUGCAAUAUUACCACAUUUUGCCACUCCCUCGGUUCUGCUUCUCCUGUAGAUCGCUUUCACUUACACACGUUUGCACAAUGAGGAGUAAUGUUGUUUAAUGUCAUGUAUGUACCGUGCUAGAGCGGCACGUCGUGCACAUAUAGAUGUGUAGUAUGCAAAUUAUCUUACUUUUUAUCUUGGCGCUGUUACUCCUGCUGUUUACAUCCAGUCAGACUCAAUGGCUGUCACUGUCAUAUUAGACAGUAAGGAUGAGCCAGUGUUUUAGCAUUGAAAAAUAAAGGCACAUCACAUGAUUUUUUCAUUGAAAAGUGUCAUUUCUAUUCUUUAAUAAUCAUUCAUUAUCACCGCAGAAAAAAAUGCUAUGCACAAUUUUGGAAUUGCUACACACACAAAAAAUGCUGGAAAUCGAAAGCUGAUUAUAGCGACUAUUAUAUUAUACCUUGCAUUUAUUAGUUGUAUAUAUUACAAAAGUGCUCUUUUUAUUAUUAAUCUUAAAUUUUAUCAACUGUUAUAUAUUUAUUAAAUUAUUGAGAGUUAUAUGAUACAUUCAAAUAUUUAAAAUAAAUUGAAUAUUUAAAUAUUUCAGAGUAUAUUAACUAUAAAUUAAAGCAAAAUUUUAAUGAAAACUUUCCGAACAGUCAAAAAAUGCCAUCAUCCAAAAACUUUCAAGAAAUUUUUUCGUGGAACCGUACCACAAUGUGUAAUAUAUCUAAGUGUCCAAUUUAAAUUUGUAGCUACACAUAAGAUAAUUAUUUUUAUAUCCAAGCAGCAUGAAGGGCUCAGGAUGUUCUUUUUUUUCAUGCCUUUUUCUUCCAUACUUUCAUUGGCUGUGUAUGUAUAUUUGGAAUGCGUAAACUGCCAAUUUAAAAUUUAAAAUUAAUUUAUUAUAGAUGUGUGGAUUUGGCUUUAAAUAAACUCUGUUCACAGAAGCCAAGGAUAGGGAUCAGACAGCAAUAACAAUUAAAAUUUAAUCAAUACCUUUUUCUUUCAUUAUAAAUACUGUAUAUGUACAUACAUAUGUUAUGGUUCUAUUAAAAUCAGACAGAAUGGAA